UUUGGGGUAUUUUUUUUUCUUUCUAAUUUUUUUGUCUUCUCCCACUAAAUCUUCUUGGGAAUACUGCAUAUGGAAGCAGGUGGCUCUUGGUACGAAAUAUUCGGAUACAUUCUAUCUGCCAAGUUUUGCUCUUCCCUGUCCCCUCCCAAUUUCAGAAGCAUCUGUGGUGCUUUUCUUUUGGAUUUACAUGCAGAAAACGUAUGUGUGUUUAUAUACCGACCGGAUAAUACAUAAAUACGUAAAUAUAUACGCGUACCCCAGCGCCUGGGUUUCGUCUCCUUCUCGACGAGAGAAAUGUUUGGAGCCCAUGGAUAACCAGCCCAGUAUUAACGUUCUUUUGAGGCUGUUUGCGAAAAAGGGAGGGGAGCGAGAAGGAUUGUUUAACAUUCGGCCGCCGUCUGGCUGCACUCUAAGCACCACGAAGUAUUUAUGGUUGCAGAUCGGGUGCACGCGGGGCUUAGAGAGAAAGGAUAUAGACUCGCAGCUAACUGGAUUUGAUUUACAAGAAAGCAAUCUACAGUCAGUGGCCACUCUGCCAUAUUGCUACUAUGGAAAACAGAAUGGUCAAUAGGAUAUGGCCUGAUAAAUAGUGAUGAUUGAAGAUGCUGCUUCAAUACAUGUGAAAUCAAUGGGAGGUACUUGCUGCAUGAAGGGAGCUUUCCGAGCUUUUCUCCACAAGUUCACCUUUGAAAAAUUGGAGGCAUAGCUAUCACUAUACAGCCUUUUUCAAGUGGAUAUAAGUACAUUUAUCUCACUGAAACCAGACAGCCAGACAACUGAUGUGGGACUAUGGCACUUCCCAGAUGCAUGUGGCCAAAUUAUGUUUGGAGAGCAGUGAUGGCAUGUUUGGUACACGGGGGACUGGGUGCCUCCUUGAUUCUCUGUAUUUUGGGAAGUUUGCUUCAGGCUACCCACGUGCUUUCACAAAAAUUGGAUGAUGUGGACCCACUGGUGACUACCAACUUUGGAAAGAUAAGAGGGGUUAAGAAAGAACUCAAUAAUGAAAUUUUAGGGCCUGUUAUUCAGUUUCUUGGGGUUCCAUAUGCAGCUCCACCAACAGGAGAACAUCGUUUUCAGCCUCCAGAGCCACCGUCUCCCUGGUCAGACAUCAGGAACGCCACUCAAUUUGCUCCUGUGUGUCCCCAGAAUAUUAUUGAUGGCAGAUUGCCAGAAGUUAUGCUUCCUGUGUGGUUUACUAAUAACCUGGAUGUAGUCUCAUCGUACGUGCAAGACCAGAGUGAAGACUGCUUAUAUUUAAACAUAUAUGUCCCAACCGAGGAUGUAAAAAGAAUAUCCAAGGAAUGUGCCAGAAAGCCCGGCAAGAAAAUAUGUAGAAAAGGAGGUCCCCUUUCAAAGAAACAGACAGAUGAUUUAGGUGAUAAUGACGGUGCGGAAGAUGAAGAUAUCCGGGACAGUGGAGGCCCCAAACCGGUGAUGGUAUAUAUUCAUGGUGGCUCAUACAUGGAAGGUACUGGAAAUUUAUAUGAUGGGAGCGUCUUAGCAAGUUAUGGCAACGUGAUUGUCAUCACGGUCAACUAUCGACUUGGGGUACUUGGUUUCUUGAGUACAGGAGACCAGGCUGCAAAAGGAAACUAUGGGCUUCUCGACCUUAUACAGGCUUUAAGAUGGACUAGUGAAAACAUUGGAUUCUUUGGUGGUGACCCCUUGAGAAUCACUGUCUUUGGAUCAGGCGCUGGGGGUUCAUGUGUCAAUCUCCUGACUUUAUCCCAUUAUUCUGAAGGUAACCGUUGGAGCAAUUCAACCAAAGGACUUUUUCAACGAGCAAUAGCUCAAAGUGGAACAGCCCUUUCCAGUUGGGCUGUUAGUUUCCAACCUGCAAAAUAUGCUAGAAUGUUGGCCACAAAAGUUGGCUGCAAUAUUUCAGAUACAGUAGAGUUAGUGGAAUGCCUCCAGAAGAAGCCUUACAAAGAACUUGUCGAUCAAGAUAUUCAACCAGCCAGAUACCACAUAGCCUUUGGACCUGUGAUUGACGGUGAUGUAAUACCAGACGAUCCUCAAAUACUGAUGGAGCAAGGAGAGUUUCUCAACUAUGAUAUAAUGUUAGGAGUUAACCAAGGGGAAGGUUUAAAGUUUGUGGAAAAUAUAGUAGAUAGUGAUGAUGGUAUAUCUGCUAGUGAUUUUGACUUCGCUGUUUCCAAUUUUGUUGAUAAUUUAUAUGGAUAUCCCGAAGGCAAAGAUGUUUUGAGAGAAACCAUUAAAUUCAUGUAUACUGACUGGGCUGACCGGCAUAACCCCGAAACCAGAAGGAAGACCUUACUGGCUUUGUUUACAGACCAUCAGUGGGUGGCACCAGCUGUAGCAACAGCAGAUCUUCACUCCAACUUUGGUUCACCCACAUACUUCUACGCUUUUUACCAUCAUUGCCAGACAGAUCAGGUUCCAGCAUGGGCUGACGCAGCCCAUGGAGAUGAGGUUCCUUACGUACUGGGAAUACCCAUGAUCGGUCCUACCGAGUUGUUUCCUUGCAAUUUCUCUAAAAAUGAUGUGAUGCUGAGUGCAGUUGUAAUGACUUACUGGACAAAUUUUGCUAAAACUGGUGACCCAAAUCAACCAGUUCCUCAAGAUACAAAAUUCAUUCAUACUAAACCCAACCGCUUUGAAGAAGUUGCAUGGACCAGAUAUUCCCAGAAAGACCAACUUUAUCUACAUAUUGGAUUAAAACCAAGGGUUAAAGAGCAUUACCGAGCCAAUAAGGUAAACCUCUGGUUGGAGCUGGUACCUCAUCUGCAUAAUCUCAAUGACAUUUCUCAGUAUACCUCGACCACAACGAAAGUGCCAUCAACAGACAUCACUCUCAGACCUACGAGAAAAAAUUCUGUAUCUGUCACAGCCGCCUUUCCCACUGCCAAGCAAGAUGAUCCCAAACAGCAGCCAAGUCCAUUUUCAGUGGAUCAAAGGGACUACUCCACAGAGCUGAGUGUCACUAUUGCAGUCGGAGCAUCACUGCUUUUUCUGAACAUCUUGGCCUUUGCAGCUCUCUACUACAAAAAGGAUAAGAGGAGACAUGACGUUCAUCGGAGGUGUAGCCCUCAACGCACUACUACCAAUGACCUGACCCAUGCCCAAGAAGAGGAAAUCAUGUCUCUCCAAAUGAAGCACACUGAUUUGGAUCAUGAAUGUGAGUCCAUCCAUCCACAUGAGGUGGUUCUGCGGACCGCCUGCCCCCCAGAUUACACACUAGCUAUGAGAAGAUCACCUGAUGAUGUCCCUUUAAUGACACCCAACACCAUUACCAUGAUUCCUAACACUAUACCAGGGAUUCAGCCCUUACACACAUUCAAUACAUUUACUGGAGGACAGAACAAUACUCUGCCCCACCCCCAUUCCCACCCCCAUUCACAUUCAACAACCAGGGUAUAGCCAGAUAAGAGAAACAAACUAUUUUUUGAUGGAUUACAGUAAAAGAUUACUGAAGAUUCCUUGGCUUUCAAUCUACAAGACUCUCACUAUUUAAAUAAGGAGGAAUAUUGUGUGAAUAUACAUAUCAACAACUUGGGGGUUUUAAAAAUAUGAAUUGUAUAUAUAUAUAACAAAUCAACUUUAAAAACAAAUUGCAGUUGCUUGAAGCAAUUGCUCUGAAUGAUACUUUUCAUUCACAUUCAAGAAUUAAUUUUUUGAAGAUUUAAGUUACAUAAUGGAAUUAGGCAUGUGGAACACCAAACAGGAAAGAACUAUGUCUGAAAUAUAAAAAAAUAAAAAUUUAAAAACAACUAUGAAUAUGCACAAGGGACACACCAAUGGAAUGUCAGAUAAUUUUCACCAGUUUUUAUUUGGAGCCGUUUUAUUGUGUAGACCAUAUUUACAUAUUUGGAUAAGUACACAAAGCACCAAUGCUGUUAAUGGCCUUAGCAGAGGCUCAUGCUGAAAUUUGCCAGUAAAACAAAGAAGUUUAAAGACUGGCAGGUACAACAUUAUCACAUAAGUGCUGUCAGUAUAAAGUUGUGGGGAUAAAGGAAACUGGAUAUUUUUAGCACGAUGUGCAUGAUAAUUUAUAUGCUUGGUGGCUGUGCUGCUGAUUAAGCCGUAAUUAAAAUUCUUCUCAUCCCAUUGGAGUUUUUAAUAGAAGCUUCCUCCAUCAAUUGGCAGAACCUAAAGAAGAUUUUAAGGGGCCAAAAUAAUUACAGUAAAAUAAAUCACAGUAGUGUCAAUAAUAGGAUUAGUUACUAAAGGUAUUUGAAGAAACUAUAGAUAUGAUGAUGAAUACUUGCUGAUAUGAAUCCCAGAAAAAAUUCUUAUUUUAAUAUUCUUUUCAGUUCCAUAUAAAUAAUUUAUAAAAAGAUAUAACCCUAAUUGGACAUGUGUUACAGGAUCAACAAUUUGUUGUGGUUUUUGUUACUCUGUAUUUUGUCCCAUUUGGUAAGGUGAAGUGUGUCCAAAGCAUUCCUUGCAACAGUCUUCUAUGCUAUGAGGGUGCCCCAAUAUUAUCAUUCUGAUUACAGUUCUCAGUUAAUUGAUUUACUCAUGUUGCAUGACAAAAUGUUUAAUAAUAGUAAUUCGAUAUAAAGUUAUGUCCCGCUUCAUAUUACUUAACUUUCUCACUGAGGUUCAUUCACGGAAAUUUACUCACCUAGUCUCAGUAGAGUGCAACAUAGAACAGAACCUAAGAGGGUUGACACCUGGGAGGUUUUAGUCUUACACAUGUGUGUGAUUUUAAACGAAUUUCUAAAGUCACAGGAAACUCUUCAUCUCCCUGUUGUUUACCAAUAAGAUCAGUAUAUCACAGACCUUUCCAAAUGUUUGUAUAUGUAAUCAGAUGUACAUUUAUAUUAAAAAAACGAGAUGGACUUAAAGAGCACAUCCUGACAAAUACUUUCUCUCUUACCUGUACUAUAUUUCUAUUAGACUAAAGUUAUGUGAUUUUUUUUUACAUUUUUUCAGAUGACUAGCAAUUUUGAUAGUUUGUAAGAUAAUGCAAAGAACUUUCUCUGACAAACUAACUGCAGUAACAGAAACCUUUCUUUUCAGUUACUCUUUUUCAAGAAUGAAAGCUUAUUAUACAAAAGAAAAAUAUUGUAUACUACUUGAUGGAAACAAACUUUGUACAUCUUGGCCAUGUCACUGGUCAUUGCGUGAAAUAAAGAUAAUCUGGAUAAUGACUAUUAGUCAAAUGCUAAGAGACAUGAUUUUUGCUCAUUAAAGAGCUAAAAUGUUUGUUGCUGUUUUGUCUUUUUUUAAAAAAACAAAAACAAAAGGAACAUGAUUGUCUCAAAGAGUCAUUUUUCUAGACCAGUCGGUUUUUGAAGACACACAAGUAACUUCUACAGAAAAUACAACCAUGUGUUUAAAGUCACGUCUUAGCAAAGAUGAAACAUGUGAAGGUUUGACAUUACGAAUUUAUAAAUUCAUGAAAAAUACUGGCUUGUAUUUUUAAGUACCCCUUUUGUGAGGGUGUUAUAGAAAGAAAGUACCAAUAGUUUUCAGUUAGAAACACAGGUUCCAUUUUAUGCACAUCGGGGAAAAAUAUCUAUUGGAAAUAAAUGUGAUAUUUUAUGAAAUAAAAAUACCUAGGUUCAUAAUGCAAAGGUAAUCAAACUAUGAUAAAGUAAAGGAUAAAGGUUAUCCUAAGAAGAAUUUAACUGCUGAGAAAAACAUUAAACUAAGACUAGAAAAUUAAAGAAGUAUUUCAAGUAACUUCUUUAAUUAUAAUUUAUCCCCCCAAUUGUUAACUAUUAAUAAAAUAUAGACAUUGCUCCAUAAUUUCAAGUAAAUAUCUCUGUUAGAAGUAAAAGUCUUCAAAAUCCAGAGUGGUCUGUAUUCAAUUUUUGCUUGAUGUGGUUAUGUUUUUAGAAUGUGAACUGCCAAUGUAAACCAAUAAAAAGAAAUGUUUAGCAUCUGAAAUACUGUUUAAUCAGAAUACUGUCUUUUACUAUAUUAAUUAAACAAAGGGUAAAAACAGAAAGAGAAGUGCCAACAAAAUAAGAUGUGAAUGAAUGCUUUCAUAUACAUUAUUACUUCACUUGGAAAAACCAAGCAUUUGAUUGUUUUAUUGAUGCCAUAUUUCUAGCUACCAAUCUAUUAUUUUAUAUCAAUCAAUCCAGUCUACCUGUGCAUAACACUUCUGUCAUCUACUUUAUAUUAAUUUAGGGAAAUAAUUUAGGAAAACAAAGCAUAGCCCCUACUCUUUUUUCUCUAAAUUAAGAUAAUAUCUGUCAAGAUCUAUUGAUGUUUUCAAGUCAUGUGGAAAAGUUGUGAAUGAGUGUUAGCUGUUAUUUUUUUAAUUACAGCCUCUGUUUUUCUGAAUGUAAAAUGAUGUCCCACAGUCAGCAGAAUAACUGUUUUUAAAUUUUAUCUUUUUAUUAGUACAUGUUUGCAGUAAAUAUGAUUAAAUUUUUCAUGGAAAGUUGGGAAAUGUACUGUUUUUAAAGCUGAAACUUAAUUUUUAAAUGCAAGAAAAAAUCUUGAACACUGUUAUUCAGUUUUAAGCAGUAUAUUAAAAUAUAUUUAUUUAGAUGAUCAUUUACUUUAUGAUAAAAAUUGAUCACCAAAAUUAAAAUACAUUUUUGCCAUUAUAUAUUAAUUGAGAUUUUCUUGCCUUGGAUUAAAUUAUAACUAAGCAAGGCUGUUUAGAAUUACUAUCAUUAAGCCAAAAUGAUCUCUAUUUCAUUGAUUUGCUGUUCUAUAAUUAUUCCAAAAUUUUUUCAAAACAUUGACAUUAGAGUAUGAGAUAAAAAUAUUAAGGUAACAGUUUUAAUUCUUUCAAAUUUUUAUUGAACAUAUUGACUGUGAAAAUGAGUACCGCAGAUAUUUAACAAAUUUCAUCAAUUUUUAUGCAAAUUGAACAUAAUUUGGUAAAACAUUACAAACAUUCAAUUUAGGCAUAUCUCAGCUUAAAACAGAGAAUGGGUAUAGAUUGUACCAUAUUUAAAAUUUGAUUUAAAAAUAUAAUUUAAUCAGACUUCUUGAUCUGUUCAACAUUAAACUGCAACAAAAAUUUUUAAAACUUUCACCAUAUGUAAUACUAAGUAGGAAAAGAUGGUGGCAAUAAUUUCAUUACAGAAAUUGAGCCAAAACUCAAUUACUACAGCUGUAAUGUAUACUGUAACAACAGUUAUUAUACCUGUUGUCAUAGUCAUGCUGAGACACAUGUUAAUUAUAGUAAAGAAUAUAAAGAAUGUUGUAAAUUUGUUCCAGCUUUAAAGACACUACUACACAGAAAUAACUGGGAUUCUUUUCUUUGGCAAGUUUCAGUGAAAUGUCUUCACAGAACAAAAUGACAAAUAGAAUUCUUAGGAAGCUGUCAAACAUCACGGCAGCCCUUUGAUGUUAGUAAUUUUGUUUUCCACUGUGUUAUUGGUUCAAAGUACUGGCCUUUUCCUUCAUUUCUAGUAAUUAGUUGUUAUAGGCUAUCACUUUUUAAUGUCAGUGAAAAUUAGAUAAUUUGUUAUACUUGUGAAAACAUGUUCCCAAAUAAAUUCAAUUAAUGGGCA